AUGUGGUCGGACGACGCAGACGAGGGUAUUUUUAGUGAUUUAAGUUUAGAGGCAAAUGAUGGUGCAAAAUUUAAGGCUCACAAGAAUAUUUUUGCGGCGCGUAGUCCUGUCUUUGCUGCCAUGUUGAAACACGACAUGAGGGAGGCUCAAGAGUCUAUUGUCAGGAUAGAAGAUUUUAAUGGAGAUACCCUUAGAACUAUGUUGGAAUUUAUUUAUACAAGUGGAUUUAAGAAAAAACAGUGCAAUUUGAUUGAAUUAAUGGCUGCUGCCGACAAGUAUGCACUUGAUCUUUUGAAGGCCAUGUGCGAGCAGGAAUGCCUCAAGAAUUUAAACAUCGAAAACGCAGCAUCAUAUUUAUUUUCGUCGGAUCAGCAUCAAGCGAUUACUUUAAAGAAACAUUCCCUGGAUUUUAUACAAAUCCAUCAUAGAAGUGCUCGAAACCGAAGCUUUUCGAAACUUAUUAGAGAUUUCAAACGUAUCAUGAUCGAUUCGGUUAAGCUUCAAUUACUUGCUUGA